CACACCCACACCCACGCAAAUAGAGAAACAGUAAGAGAGGGUUGUGGCAGAAAAGGAAAAAAAGGACGAGACGAGACGAGAGAGAAGAGGAGGUCAGUGAGUGAGAGCAGCCUAAGCCACCACCCAAGAUUCGUGCUUUACCUCUCAUCUCUCUCUCUCUCUUAUUUUCUCUCUGCGAUUUUCUCGCUUUUCGUGCACUCUUUCUCUCUCUCUCUCUCUCUCUCUCUUCCCAUCCCUUUCGUGUUAGAUCUCCUUCGUUUCAAACCAAAAAAAAAAAUAAAUAAACAAGGAAUUUGUAAUUACAGCCUCAUUUUUAUUUAAUUUAUUUUAAUUUUAUUAUAUAUCGAGCCCUAGGUUUUUUCCUGGUUCAUUGAGAAAUCAGGGGCUAGAUCCCCGAUCUGUGGUCGCUCUCAGAUCGAUUUUCGCUUAUUUUUUGGUAUUCAGUGCUGCAUUGAUUUGAAAAAAAAACCACACUCACAGAGAAAGUUUCUGAUCUGAUUCGUUCGAUCUCUAAUUCUGAGCCUCCAAUCUGACACCUUUGAUUCUUUUCAGUUUUGGCAUUUGGUUAAGGAUUUCCUCCGUACACGAGAUCCAAAAAUUGAUCUUAGCUGAGUGGAAAAGGUGUAGUGGGGUAACGAAAAAAAAAAAUGGAAAUUUGGGGUUGAGUUUUUGAGGCGGAGAUGGGAAUUGGGGCGAGACGAGUUUUGGAGAAUCUGAUUAUUAUUAUUAUUAGUGAUCUUUUAUGACUACUGAUACAGCAAAUUCGCCUCGACAAAUCGGCUCCUUAAGCUGUCUCUUCCCCAAUGCUUCAUUUUCUUCUUCGGUUUCGAACGAUGCUCAGUGGAAUCUCUUAGGUGAACAGCAACACCAGGAUAAGGUUAACGAGGACGAGUUUGAUCAGAUUGAGAUUGAGGAAGGCGAAGGCGGAGACGAAAUCAAACCCCUUGAGCUAGAUCAUAGUGGUUCUCCUUUUAAGGAUCCACAAUUGGGGGUGUUGUCUCAGUCCAGGGUUUUCUUUGAGCAGUUUCCAUUGGAAUGCCCCAGAGAAGAGAGGAUUCGGCGAAUUUUAUCUAUGGGUUCAAUGGAGAGGCAUAGUAAUGGUAAUAAUCACAACAACAUUCACAUCAAUGCCAAUGGCAAUGGCAAUGGCAAUGGCAAUGUGGCUGCCUUGGAAAUAGAGAAGCCGCGUAGCAAGCAUCGAUUUCGCCAUAGCCAGCAUAAAAGUUUGCAGUUUGAUGAGGAUAAUCUGUCACAUGAAGAUAAUCCGAGGUUGAUUUAUAUCAAUGACCCAAGGAGGACUAAUGACAAGUAUGAGUUUACAGGGAAUGAAAUCCGAACGAGCAAGUACACAAUCAUAACCUUCUUGCCCAAGAAUCUCUUCAUUCAGUUCCACCGUGUUGCUUAUUUGUAUUUCCUAGCCAUUGCUGCUCUCAACCAGCUUCCCCCUUUGGCAGUGUUUGGCAGAACAGUGUCACUUUUCCCGCUCCUGUUUGUGCUCUGUGUCACGGCUAUCAAAGAUGGGUAUGAGGAUUGGAGAAGACAUAGGUCUGAUAGGAAAGAGAACAACCGGGAGACUCUGGUGUGUCAGUCUGGUGAAUUCCGGAUGAAGAUUUGGAAGAAGAUACAGGCCGGUGAGGUUGUGAAGAUUUUUGCUAAUGAGUCGAUUCCUUGUGACAUGGUUUUGUUAGGGUCUAGUGAUCCUAGUGGACUUGCCUACAUCCAGACUAUGAAUUUGGAUGGUGAGUCUAAUUUGAAGACCAGGUAUGCCAGGCAGGAAACGGCUUUAGCUGUAUCCGAUUCCGAUGGGGGCAUGAUUUCGGGGCUUAUCAGGUGUGAACAGCCUAAUAGGAAUAUAUAUGAGUUCACUGCCAACAUGGAGUUCAAUGAGCGUAGGUUUCCCCUCAGCCAAUCCAAUAUAGUUUUGCGCGGUUGUCAGCUGAAGAACACAGAGUGGAUAAUUGGUGUUGUGGUGUAUGCAGGGCAGGAGACGAAAGCAAUGUUGAACAGUGCAGCCUCCCCUUCCAAGAGAAGCAGACUGGAAGGAUACAUGAAUAGAGAAACCCUUUGGUUAUCUAUCUUUCUCUUUAUCAUGUGCCUGGUUGUGGCCUUUGGAAUGGGCCUAUGGCUCCUACGCCACAAGGAUCAGCUAGAUACCUUGCCUUAUUACAGAAAGAGAUACUUUACAACUGGGAGGGAUAAUCAGAAAAGAUACAAAUAUUAUGGUCUCCCUAUGGAGACUUUUUUUUCCUUUCUGAGUUCAAUUAUAGUGUUCCAGAUUAUGAUUCCGAUAUCUCUUUAUAUAACGAUGGAGUUGGUUCGUUUGGGUCAGUCAUAUUUCAUGAUCGAAGACAAUCACAUGUAUGACAGUAGUUCUGACUCAAGGUUCCAGUGCAGAUCGUUGAAUAUAAAUGAGGAUUUGGGUCAAAUUCGUUAUGUUUUUUCUGACAAAACCGGGACUCUUACUGAAAACAAAAUGGAAUUCCAAAGAGCAAGUGUGUAUGGGAAAAGCUAUGGGAGCUCCUUGCCUAUGGUGGAUUUACUGCAAGAACAGAACAUUGUUGCAGCAGCAGGUAGGAGGUGGAAGCUUAAAUCUGAAAUUGCUGUUGACUCUGAACUCAUUGAAUUGUUGCACAAAGCUUUAACUGGAGAUGAAAGGAUUGCGGCGCAUGAGUUUUUCCUUACACUUGCUGCAUGUAAUACCGUGAUUCCUAUUCUUACUCAUGGUACAUCUUCUAGUUGCAUAAAGAGUGAAUUGCAAAAAGACAGUGUAGAAGCUAUUGAUUAUCAAGGAGAAUCUCCUGAUGAGCAAGCACUGGUUGCUGCAGCCUCUGCUUAUGGAUAUACUCUUUUUGAGCGCACAUCUGGGCAUAUUGUUAUUGAUGUCAAUGGUGAGAAACUAAGGUUUGAUGUACUGGGACUGCAUGAAUUUGACAGUGUGCGCAAAAGAAUGUCUGUUGUCAUCAGAUUUCCUACUGGUGCAGUAAAGGUGUUGGUCAAAGGAGCUGAUACUUCAAUGUUCAGCAUUUUAGCAAAUGGCACUGAGAUGGAUGAUCAUAUAAGGAAUUCCACUCAAAGCCAUCUUAGUGGAUAUUCAUCACAAGGCUUACGCACACUUGUAUUAGCUGCCAGGGAUCUUACAGAUGAAGAACUUGAGGUGUGGCAAUGCAGGUAUGAGGAUGCUAGUACUUCAUUGACUGACAGAGUGGUAAAACUCCGUCAAACAGCAUCUCUUAUAGAAUGCAACUUAAAGCUUCUUGGGGCAACUGGAAUUGAGGACAAGCUACAAGAAGGUGUUCCAGAAGCUAUUGAGUCUCUUCGGCAAGCUGGCAUUAAGGUCUGGGUUCUGACAGGAGAUAAGCAAGAAACUGCGAUUUCAAUUGGUCUCUCCUGCAAACUGCUGACCUCAGAUAUGCACCAAAUUAUUAUUAAUGGCAAUUCCGAGGAUGAGUGCAGAAGUCUUUUGGCUGAUGCUAAAUCCAAAUAUGGUGUGAAAUCAUGGAGAGGAAGAAAUUCGAGUCUGAAACGUAAGAAGGAUGCUGAAAAAGACUAUCUUGAGUUACCUGUUGAUACAAAAUUGUCUAAUCUGCCACGGUGGCAUGCAGGGAAGGAGGAUGGAAUCCUGGGUUUGCCACUAGCACUCAUAAUUGAUGGGAACAGUUUGGUGUAUAUUUUGGAAAAAGAUCUGGAGUCAGAGCUUUUCGACCUUGCAACUUCUUGUAGGGUUGUGCUAUGCUGUCGUGUUGCACCCUUGCAAAAGGCUGGAAUAGUUGAUCUGAUUAAGAGCCGCACUGAUGAUAUGACCCUGGCCAUAGGUGAUGGGGCCAAUGAUGUUUCAAUGAUCCAAAUGGCGGAUGUUGGUGUUGGAAUAUGUGGUCAGGAAGGGCGUCAAGCAGUGAUGGCAUCGGAUUUUGCCAUGGGACAGUUUCAGUUUUUGAAAAGAUUACUUUUGGUGCAUGGACACUGGAAUUAUCAGCGUGUUGGUUACUUGAUUCUGUACAACUUUUACCGUAAUGCUGUCUUUGUGUUGAUGUUAUUCUGGUACAUAUUAUGUACAGCUUUUUCAACGACUUCUGCACUGACAGAUUGGAGCAGUGUAUUUUAUUCUGUUAUUUAUACUUCUAUUCCUACUAUUGUUGUUGGAAUUCUGGACAAAGACUUAAGCCAUAAGACACUUUUGCUAUAUCCAAAACUCUAUGGUUCUGGGUAUAGACACGAAGCUUACAAUUUGCGUCUCUUUUGGAUCAUGAUGGUUGACACACUAUGGCAGAGUCUUGUACUCUUCUAUAUACCCUUGUACACCUAUAAAGAUAGCUCAAUCGAUAUAUGGAGCAUGGGAAGUUUGUGGACAAUUGCAGUUGUUGUUCUUGUGAAUAUUCACUUGGCCAUGGAUGUUCGGCGCUGGGAAGUGUUUACUCAUUUCGCAGUAUGGGGAUCGAUUAUCAUUACAUAUGCCUGUAUGGUGGUAUUGGAUUCUAUACCAGUCUUUCCCAAUUACUGGACAAUUUACCACCUGGCAAAGUCACCUACCUAUUGGCUCACUAUUUUGCUUAUUACUGUUGUAGCGUUGCUCCCUCGCUUUCUCUUCAAAGUUGUACGGCAGACUUUUUGGCCAUCUGAUAUCCAGAUAGCCAGAGAACUUGAGAUACUGAGAAAACAUGGCAAUUUGGAGUCAAAGAGAGAUCAAGGUUCCAGUUGACAUGCAUGACACCCGGUUAUAGACAGGCUUCAUUUUGGAUGGCUUGCCAUGAUUUUUCCUUUGUGUGGCUUUCUUGUGGAGUUUGGUUGUAAAGUUUAAUGAUGGUUGCAGAAGCUAACCACCAGCAUGUUAAACAAGUUAUCAACAUUGGACCGGACUGGAGCGGAGUAACCAGUUAAGAGGAUAGAGAGCAGUAUGGAUAGUUUAAGCCAAGGCGAGUCUUAUGGUGGAUACAGAAUUUAGAAGAUGCAGGUCAGGGAAGGAAAAAUGAUGUAAAAAUAGGCGGAGGGGCCUUAUGUUUUCACAGGAAUUGGUGUUGUAGGAAGUGAAAUAACAGGGUGGCGGUCAGAAGUGUAUCAUAUGUUAAAGGUCCUCUAGAGGCCUGACACAGAGUUUGAAAGGUGAAAAAAGAGGGGAAAAAAUAGAGUAUAUAAUAGUUGUGUAAAGUACAGGCUUGACCUCUUUUACGGUUUAAAAUGAAUGAAAAGAUGUCAAAAGUAUAGGUUA